UUUAGUUUGUUAGCACACUCCUCUCACCGCUGAAUCAGCCGAGGAGCAACCUGGGAAAGAGUCAGCCAUGGACCUGGUCCUGGAUGUGGCAGACCACUACGUCCUCACCCCGUACGUGUACCCGUCAUCGUGGCCCGAGGACGGGGCCCUGCGGCAGCUCAUCAGCCUCCUGGUGGUGACCAACCUGGGGGCCGCAGUCCUGUACCUGGGCCUGGGGGCCCUCAGCUACUGGCUCGUCUUUGACCACAGUCUCAUGAAACACCCGCACUUCUUGGAGAAUCAGGUCUGGAGAGAAAUCAAAUAUGCGAUGACCUCUCUGCCCUGGAUCAGCAUUCCCACGGUGGCCUUGUUUUUCGCUGAGGUCAGAGGUUACAGCAGACUGUACGACAACGUCAGUGACUCCCCGCUGGGUUGGCCCGGCCUCUUCCUGAGCAUGGUUUCUUUCCUGUUUUUCACGGACAUGUGUAUCUACUGGAUUCACCGAUUUCUGCACCACAAGCUUAUUUACAAGCUGUUUCACAAGCCGCACCAUGUGUGGAAGAUCCCCAGCCCCUUCGCCAGCCACGCCUUCCACCCGGUGGACGGCUUCAUGCAGGGGCUCCCCUACCACAUCUACCCCUUCCUCUUCCCUCUCCACAAGGUGCUCUACUUGCUGCUUUACGUUUUCGUCAACAUUUGGACCAUCUCCAUCCACGAUGGCGACUACCGCGUUCCCGGUGCUCUGACGAGCGUCAUCAACGGCGCGGCCCACCACACCGACCACCACCUCUUCUUCGACUACAACUACGGCCAGUACUUCACUCUGUGGGACCGGCUGGGGGGCUCCUACCGGCACCCGUCGGCCCUGAUGGGGAAGGGCCCCCUCGAUCUGAUCCGGAAGCUUCGGGCAGACGGAAAGCUGGGAGAAGAAAAACAAGUAAACGGACACACGCGGAGAGGAGUAUUGUGUAAGGAAGAGUAACGGUGGGCGUGGUUUCUAAUUAAAUGCUGGCGGUGAUCACUACUUUCCUAGAGACGAUGUGCUACACCCUCAAUCAGCUGGAAAUGUGUCCGGGAAUAAGACGAGUUCUUGUUUGCCAAAAAAGCCGUUUUGAGAUUCUGAGCGCCGAGGUUUCUGGUCCGACAAACACCGAUCAACAGAUGAGGCAGACUGGCGUCCAGCCCCGAGUUAUUAACGUGGGGGAAUUGAGGUGACAGGAAAAACAAAGUACCACCUUUCCACUAUCUAUUUCCAUUUCAACACUAUUCAGGAUCAUCUGGAUGUUUCAGGACAUAAAACGACAAGAAAAGGCCCCGAGCUGGUUUUAGAAUGAGGUAAAUGUCAGAUGCACAACAACAUACGACCUGUUGCACUGUUUAUUUAACAACUACUAAUCAUUUUUCCGUCUUACAAAUUGCACAAAUAGCUGCUGCUUUUUUUUCUUCUUCCCCCGAGAGUUGUAAAACAGCAUUUGGUAUCUUUAUCAUUUAAUCCCUUCCAGCAAUAAAUCUUAAAUUUUUGC